AUGGCUGAUUGUUUCGGUUAUCAUGAAUUAAAAGCAUUGCAAGAAUUAAUCAAUCCUUCGAAAAAUAGUUCAGAUUCUGACGAUGAUUUAUCACAGACCGCUGUUAAAAAAUUUGGUCCUGGUGAUAUCGGAGCUCAAAAUAGAAUGUCCCAAAAUCGUGUCGUUCCACAUGCACCUCUGAAAACGGAAGCUGAUGAUAUUUGGCAUCCGUCUGAAGCAGUAGCCUCUCAGAGUUCAGAAGUCUAUGAUCCAAGAGAGGUGCCGGAGUAUGAGAUGAAAUUUAAGCAGGCGGUGACAGCGGAAGAUGUCUUUUUGGGUAUGGGUUUCAAAACGCCAGGAACAGCAUCUUGCGAAUGGUUGUCCGUGUUGGUGAAGAUGCCGCGGGAAGUACGCGAGAAAAUCGAGUUGUCCGUAGAAACCGAGGCGAUCGACGUGCGGAGUCCAAGAUAUCGGUUGCACCUGGAGACGCCACAUCCGAUUGAUCCUAAUGCCUCGUCAGCCAAAUGGCAUGGUGAAACCUCUUCUUUGGAAAUCACGCUCAAGCUCGUACGCGAGCUGGACCAGCUGAAUUUUUAA